AUGGAUAUCGAUGGAAAAUUUGAAAUUAAUAUUCAAAUAGGAAAUAUUCGAACGAGCAUUAUUGCAUUAGUAUCAAAAUCUUUAUCAACAUUAUAUAUAAUAGGUCGAGAUUGGAUAAGUAAGUAUACAGUCGAUAUUUGCCAAUCAAGUAAAUUAAUUAUCAUCUACACAACACGAUCAUCAGCUACUAUAUCAAUGGAUGAUAAUAUGGACGAGCAUACUUUUGAUCUACGAUUAGUUAACAACAUAGUAUUAAAACCACAACAUGAAACAAUUGUUCGACUUAAAUCAUCUAUUUCUUCGUCUUCAAACGUGAUUUUUCAUCCUAAUCGUAAUAUCCAAUAUCAAAAACUUAUUGCUAUUCCGAAUGCUCUAUUAUCUAUACAAAAUUAUGAAACGCAUGUUACAAUUGCUAAUCCAACAAAUAAAAUAUGUUGA